AUGUCGGAACGAACGAGGUCCACGCCCUUGAUGAGGAUGCUCCUCUCAGGAGAGGUCAGUGGAGAGGAGCCUAGAGAUUUGUCUCCUAAAGAGAGGUUUAAUAGAUGGAUGGUCAACGAAGGAUCUCGACGUCUAUUUGUCGGCAUCUUUAUCCUCGUGCACUGCAUGUUGUACGGUUUCGGCUUUAUGAACUACCAGCUGAAAGACAACCUGACCAAAGCCCGCGCCACCUACGGCUACGGCUAUCCCAUCGCUCGAUCUGCUGCCCUCGUCUUGCAUUUCGAUGUCGCCUGUAUUCUCCUGCCGGUUUGCCGAACCCUCAUUUCGCUCGCUCGCCAAACACCUCUGAAUGGAAUCAUACCUUUCGACAAAAACAUUACCUUCCACAAACUCGUGGGCUAUUCGAUUGUGUUCUUCACGUGGGUUCACACUAUUGCCCAUCUCCACAACGUCGCACAACUCUCCGCGAAGAACAACGGAGGCUUCAUCGGGUUCGUCAAGCUCAACUUCCUGACAGGCCCCGGCUGGACCGGCUAUAUUCUGACGAUCUCAGUCAUGGCCAUGUUUUUCACCGCGCUUGAGAAGCCUCGCCGAGCCAACUACGAGCGCUUCUGGAAUACCCAUCAUCUAUUUGUCAUCUUCUUCAUCUUCUGGUCCAUCCACGGAGCUUUCUGCAUGAUUCCCGCAGAUAACAAGCCGUUCUGUUUCGGCAAUGGCUCGUUCUACCUUUACUGGAUGGUGGGUGGCUUCACUUACCUUGUGGAGCGUGUCCUGCGCGAGAUCCGUGGCUACCAGAAAACCUAUGUGACCAAGGUGAUUGAGCAUCCCUCGAACGUGGUUGAAAUUCGGAUCAAGAAAGAGCAUACGAAAACGCGCCCCGGGCAGUAUAUCUUCCUGUGCUGUCCGGAGAUUUCACUCUGGCAGUAUCAUCCAUUUACCCUCACGUCUGCCCCUGAAGAAGACUAUCUGUCUGUCCAUAUCCGCAUGGUUGGCGACUUCACCAAAGCCCUCGGCAGAGUUCUCGGAUGCGAAGGCUUGAAGAUCCACGACGAGAAAAAGGCUCAAUACUCCGAAGCUGUGUCCAAGGUUGACGAGAGCGGUACGCAGCUCACUAAACUUCUGCCACGGCUAUACAUCGAUGGGCCCUUUGGUUCCGCCUCAGAAGAUGUCUUCAAGUUCGAGACUGUGCUCCUGAUCGGCGCGGGUAUCGGUGUGACCCCGUUUGCCUCGAUCCUAAAGUCUAUCUGGUACCGCAUGCGGGAAUCCGGAUCCUCUGCCCCGAGGACGCGACUGCGCAAGGUAUAUUUCUUCUGGGUGUGUCGAGAUUUCGGUUCCCUGGAGUGGUUCAAAUCCCUGCUCACGGCCAUCGAGAGCGAGGACAAGUGCCACGCGAUCGAAAUCCACGCGUACCUGACGGCCAAAAUCACCGCUGCCCAGGCGUCCAACAUCGUCCUGAACUCCGGGGACACCGACGCGAUCACGGGCCUCCGCACACCCACCAACUACGGGCGUCCCAACUGGGACAUGGUGUUUCGCGCCAUCCGCAAGAUCCACUGGCCCGGCGAGUGCGGCGUCUUCUUCUGCGGGCCCAAGGGCCUGGGGGCCGAGCUGCACGUCAAGUGUAACAUGUACACCGAGGCCGGGGAUCAGGGCUACAGCUUUGUCUGGGGUAAGGAGAAUUUCUAA